AUGAGCGUCAAGCCGGGCGGCAACCUCGCGAGCGAGGACGUGCUCAACAAGAAGCUCGACCUCUGCAUUAGCAAUGCCAUUGUCAAGACCGGCAUUGGUUUCAGCGCCGGUGUCGUGCUGUCGGUGCUCCUCCUGAAGCGUCGCUCGUGGCCUGUCUGGCUCGGUACCGGUUUCGGUCUCGGUGCCGGGUACACUGACUGUGAGCGCUCCUUCAACCCCGUCUCGGUGCCGGGUGUGCGCCUGAUCCCCGGCUCGGCUGCGUCGUCGGUGCCCGACUCGCAGUUUGGCAAGCUCCAGCAGCGCGUCGGCGAGCUCUUUGGCAAGGCCAAGGACGAGGUUGAAGACAACGUGAACCCCGCCGUGGGCGAUAUCCGGGACACGGCGCAGAAGCGCUUCGCGGAGCUCUCCGAGAAGGGCCGCGACGCGGUGGAGAACCAGGUGCACAACCUGCAGGACGCCGCGCACGACCUCACGGCCAAGUUCCAGGACAAGACCCAGGACCUGCAGGACGCCGUGAAGGACGUCAAGCAGACCGCCGAUGACAAGGUGCGCCGCGUCUAA